AUGGCUGCAUUAAUUGGACAUUUAUCUGGAUUUGAUGGCAAUUCAGAAUCAUGGACAUGCUAUCAAGAACGUUUAGAGCAGUACUUUUUAGUAAAUGAAAUAGACGAUGAGAAAAAAGUUCCAGCUUUAUUAACUUUACUUGGAGAAAAAACUUACGGGUUACUUCGAAAUUUGACAUCACCGGACAAACCUUCAACACAGUCAUAUGACAAUCUUUGUGAAUUAUUGAAUAAACAUCUUAACCCAAAGCCAUUGAUUAUAGCUGAACGAUUUAGAUUUCACAAACGAAACCAAGCGGCGGGUGAAAGUGUAAAUGAUUAUGUAACUACACUGAGGAAAUUGGCAGAACAUUGCGAUUUCCAAGCCAGCCUAAACGAUACGUUACGGGACCGCUUAGUUUGUGGACUUAAAGAUGAGCACAUACAGCGUAAACUAUUGUCGAUGGAAGACUUAAGUUUAAAGAAGGCUGUUGAAACAGCAGUUGCUAUGGAAACAGCAACGAGGGACGCCACAGAACUGCAGUCGUUGACCGCAAGUGUAAAUAAGGUUGAGAAAAGGAAACCUUCGAGAAGAGUUGAACACAGGCCACGGCAAAAACCGGCGACCGCAAACUCGACCGGGAAACAAAACGGAAAAUGCAUUCACUGUGGUAAAGAUAAUCAUGCAUCUUUCAAAUGCCGAUUUAAGAAUGCCAUUUGCCAUGCAUGUAAUGCACAUGGACACAUAAAAAGUAUUUGUCUGAAAGCACGUGCACGAGACGUACAUGCCAUGAACAACAACGACGUUCCUGUGAUGAGUAUAAAUUCCGUGACCAAAGGUUCGAGCAGGAAAAUCACCAUCACACCAGAGAUAGACGACAGACCCAUACAAAUGGAAGUCGAUACGGGCUCAGCUGUUUCUCUGAUGUCAAGAGAAGAGUUCCAGAAGUGUUUUGGAAAUGUUACAUUGGAUAGGCCCACAUCAGUGUUAAAGACAUAUUCUGGUGAAGAAAUACAGCAAGCCGGAACAAAACUGGUAAAUGUAAGGUACAAUGGACAGUCAAAAUCGCUGAAACUGUGUAUUGUCAUGGGCAACGGUCCCGCAUUGUUUGGACGGGACUGGAUGAAUGAAAUUGUAUUGGACUGGUCACGUAUUGUACAUGUGAAUUCAAUUGAUGAUCACUCAACACAAACACGUAUAGCCGAUAUUAUGAAGCGAUAUGAGUCAGUGUUUUCCGACGGUAUCGGGAAAGUUAAAGAUAUUAAAGCAACGCUAUCUGUCAAAGAGAAUGCUUCACCGAAAUUCGUAAAAGCUAGGCCAGUACCAUAUUCGUUAAAGCCGAAAAUAGAAAAGGAAUUAGACAUUCUAGAAGAACAGGGCAUUAUUACGAAAGUGAAUACAUCAGAAUGGGCUACACCUAUUGUGCCCGUUGUUAAAUCUUCGGGAGGAGUAAGAAUUUGUGGAGAUUUCAAAGUCACCGUAAAUCAAGCUAUAAAUGUAGAUAAAUACCCACUUCCGAGAAUAGAGGACAUUUUCGCGAAUUUGGCAAAUGGAAAGAAAUAUUCAAAGUUGGAUUUACGCCAAGCAUAUCUUCAAUUGGAGUGCGAUGACAAAACAAAAGAAAUGUUAACGAUUAACACUCACAAAGGUCAUUAUUCUUAUAAUAGAUUGACAUAUGGAGUAUCAUCAGCACCUGCAAUAUGGCAAAGAACAAUUGAUCAAAUUCUUCAAGGAAUACCAGGAGUACAGUGCAUUCUCGAUGAUAUGGUCAUUACAGGAGAAAAUGAUCAAGCUCACUUAAAUAACUUAGAAACAGUAGUGCAACGGUUGUCAAAAUAUGGUUUAAAAGUGAAUAAAGAAACAUGUCAGUUCUUUCAAGAGAGGAUUACAUAUUGUGGUCAUGAAAUUGAUGAAAACGGUCUGUGGAAAUGUAAUGAUAAGGUGGAUUCUAUUUUAAAUACACCACGUCCACAAAAUGUCACAUCUCUCAGGGCAUAUCUCGGAUUACUAAAUUACUAUCAUAGGUUCUUAAAUAACCUAACCACGGUAAUUAAACCGCUAAAUCAACUGCUAGAAAAGGGGCGUAAGUUUGUUUGGACUAAAGAAUGUCAAAACGCGUUUGCGAAGUCAAAAGAUUUGAUUACGUCAGAACCCGUCCUUACGCAUUACGAUCCGAAACUACCCGUACGGUUAGCAACGGAUGCUUCCCCUGUCGGUAUUUCUGCAAUAUUAUCACAUGUAAUGCCCGAUGGCAGUGAGAAACCAAUUGCAUUUGCAAGCCGUUCGCUAUCAAAGUCUGAAAGAAUGUACGCGCAAGUACAAAGGGAAGCUACUGCAAUAUACUGGGCAGUACACAAAUAUUAUCCGUAUCUAUAUGGUCGAAAAUUCACGCUGAUAACAGACUGUCAAGCACUGUUGUCUAUAUUCUCUCCGAGCAAGGGCAUCCCUGCCACUUCUGCUGCGAGAAUACAACGAUACGCGGUUUAUUUGUCAGGCUUUGAUUAUGAUAUAGAAUAUAAAAGUACUAAGAAACAUACUAAUGUCGAUGGAAUGUCACGUUUGCCCGCGCCAUCAAUAUUAGAAAAUGAAAGUAAUUUUGAGGAAGUAUUUUUCAAUGAACAAUUUGAUAAACUUCCUAUUACUAGCGCGCAAAUCAAGCGUGAAACGCAGCGAGAACCUAUCUUAUCGCGUGUUUACGAAAAUGUAAACAAGGGCUGGAGUCUGAAAUUAAAUGAUCCUGUCCUGAAAGGUUAUCACACGCGCCGGAACGAAUUAACUAUUCAAAGAGGCUGUUUAAUGUGGGGAAUUAGAGUUGUUAUUCCUGAGAAACUAAGAGGUCAAGUUUUAGAUCUUCUGCACUGUAGCCACAGUGGAAUAGUUAAAAUGAAAAAUUUAGCGCGAAGUUAUGUCUGGUGGCCUGGCAUUGACUCAGACAUUGAACACAUGGUGAGACAAUGUCAAGGCUGUCAGAUGCAGCAGAAAAUGCCAGAAAAAGUUCAACUUCACCCGUGGGAAAAUGCGCGCUCUAAUUUUGAACGCGUUCAUGUUGACUUUGUAGGUCCAUUUCAAGUUCAUAAUUAUGUUCCUAGUAAUAGUUUGUGCUCGAAGCAAAUGGGCUGA